AUGAAACACUAUCUGUUUGACUACACCUUGUCUUUGCUUUCCGGGACGAGGCUUUCUGCUGCUGCUGCUCCCCUUGCAGGGGUGGUCCGCGAUGUUGCCGGUGACAACACUUCUUUAAGUCAUCGACAUAUAGCAAAUCGUCGAUCCGUGCCACGUUAUUAUGUGCCCGGGCAUCAUUGCUUCGAUCAAAGCAGGAGAGUUUCUGCUCUUUCUGCUAGAUAUUCUCUCUUAUCUCCAUCAACCAUCAUAUCUUUUACCAUUUCCCAUGUAGUAGAUCGGUUCGGAUUGAUCGGGAGAUUUCUUUUCUUUUUAUGGACAGGAUUGAAAUCUUAUUUUUGGCUUCCUUUUAUCCCCUUAGUUAUAAUUUUAAUGGUGGGAACCAAGCAGCAAGUAAUCAUAACAAAAAUGGGACUAAAGAUUCAAGGAGGGAAUGUGGUGAAGGGUGCACCAUUGGUUGAACCGGGCGACGAUCUUUUCUGGUUUGGUCGCCCGAGUUUCCUUCUUUUUCUUAUUCAUGUUGUUCUUUUUACGAAUGCAUUUCAAUUGGCCUUUCUCGUGUGGAGCACGUAUGAAUUUACCAUAAAAUCUUGUUAUCAUGAGAAAAUCGAAGAUAUUAUAAUCAUAAUCUCUAUGGGGGUAAUUAUACAGGUACUUUGUAGCUACGUGACUCUUCCACUCUAUGCUUUGGUGAACCAGAUGGGAACCAACAUGAGACCAACAAUCUUCGAUGAAAAAGUUGCUGAUGCACUUAAAAACUGGCAUCAAACAGCAAAGGAACAAAUUAAACAAGGCAAGAAUUCAGAGAAUACUACCCCAUUUUCGAGCAGGCCAGCAACUCCGGCACGAGGGUUGUCUCCGGUUCAUCUCCUCCAAUGGGACUUCGAGGCAUUCCGACUUCGAGAAUGA